AUGGCAUUUUUACAUUCUCACUCAGAGGAGUGUGCAAAAUCAGAACUAGAUUUAUUCACACUACCUCCAACGCAAACAAGUAUUGAACAAUCGCAAUGGACAUAUUACAACCCUAUGGCAUCUUUAUCGGACGAUACUCCGAUAGAAUUUGUUAUACCUGGACACGGUGAAGAAUACAUUGACUUAUCACAUACUAUGAUAAAAAUUAAAGCAAAAAUUGUACAAAGUGAUGGUACAGCUGCUGAAAAUGAUGUUGUGGGUCCAAUAAAUAAUUUUUUACAUUCAAUGUUUAAUCAAGUAGAUGUCUUUUUCAAUCAAAAAAUGAUUUCACCACCUAAUAAUGCCUACGCUUAUAGAGCUUAUAUUGAAUCAUGUUUAAAUUAUGGAGUCGAUGCAAAAACUACUCAUCUUAAAAUGGCAUUGUGGAGUAUGGAUACAUUAGGAGAAUUUGAUAGUGUAGAAAAGGAUAAAAAUAAGGGUCUAAAAGAUAGAAUGAACAUUCACAGCGAAUGGAAAAGCGUUUGA